UGUACUCAUCACUUCAACUUAAAGGGGAUUUUCACGAUACGAAUUGAACGGCGAAUUCGACGGCGAAUUGUAUCUGAGCAUGCGUAGUUUUGUUUGUUUUGAUUUUGCAUCGAAUUAUUCGCUUCACGGAAAAGUAGAAACAGCUCCUACAGUAAACAAAGAUACUAUUUAAAAUCACGCGGGCAAAAUGUAUAACAUCCUGGUAACCAAUAAUAGAUACAUCGGAAAUACGAACUCAGAGGCUUUAGGAAGAAAAAAAUGGCCGAUCGUAUCGAAAACAACACAGCCCAAAUAAGACACAAGAUGGCCAAAUUAGACAUGGCUGAUGACUUACAACAGAAGAUUGAUGAUCAGAUUCGUAUGAGAGAAGGUGCAAUGAAACUAAUGACAGCAUGCAGUACAUUGAACCAAGCAUUGGAAACAAGUAAAAAUUUACUAACAAUCAAUGCAAGAAUUCUAGGCUUGAUGUCAGCUCUGCAGAAACAGAAAAAACAACAUGUUUUAGAAGAGUAUAACCGUCAGCGAAGCUCAGCAUGUUCUGAAUCACUAGUAGAUGUAUGCACUGGAAGAGUUGCGCUUUCAGAUAUUCGAGUUCCUCUUAUGUGGAGAGAUAAUGUACACUUCACUGGAAAAACAGGAGACCAAAGUUACUAUGCUUUUUCAUUAAUCCGUUGUGGUGAUCAAGUGAGAGAUACUCCACUGUAUGAAGUUACCAGUGCUGAUACUGAUAUGUAUUUUGAUCAAACUUUGAUCUUUGAAGAGCUAACACCAGAUUUUAAAAUGGACCUUGAAGUGUACUACACAGUUAUUUCGAGUCACGAAGUGCAUGGUAUAAGAACCCCAAUCCGAACACCAAUGAAUUUACGGACCCCCAAAAAAUCCAUUCAGUUUAAAGCUCCAAAAUUUUGCUUGGCUGGUCAUGCGCAACUGACAGUUGACGACAUUAAGAAAGGAAUUAUAUCAAUGGAUCUUGGAAUGGGUGGUAAGGGUGCAAGCGGAGUUGCUGUAUUGGGAGAUAUUCACGAGUUUCCAAUUCAUCCAAUGGAACUGUGGGGACAAGUAUGUUGUCAGUUAGCAGCACAGCCAAAGUGCAUGCUUGAAGAAGCUAUCUCUGGCUAUUGUCAUGUCCAGGUGGAUAAUCAAUGGGUGGAGUAUUUUUGUAAAGUCUACCAAUCAGCAAUCAGCUGUUGGAGCGAAAAAGCGCUCUCGAAGAAUACGAAACCUACUUAUGUGAUGUCAUUCACAAAUGUUAUGAAAGUGUCACAGCCAGUCGUGACUGAGAAUCAACCGGACUACAUUAUUAACAUCAUCUCCACCAAUAAUACUACGCUUCACUCUCUAAAGUUCGAAGGCAACACUGCAUGUUUGAAAUGGAAAUACGCAGUGAAACAAGCUGUCACCAACUUCAGUGCGUGGAAACAAGCUUGCAAUGAGAUUAUGUACAUCCACGAAGUGAAAAAGCGUCGCUUGUCCAUACCUACUACGGCGUCGUUCUACGAUCAAAUUAAGACAUCUGAUAUAACUAAUAAUGGCAGUUUGUAUAAAGCCACGCCUAAUGGUAACAGUUUAGUUAACACCGCUCUCAAUAGCAAUCGUACAACACCUCUGCUAGAUAACAUCGACGAGAAAUCCGAGUCAGUGAAGACAGAGAAAGCAUCAAACAAUUCUUCAGCUACUUCAACGACCUUACCAUGCGCGAACGAUCUCCCUCAACAAAAUCCAUAUCCUCCAGAUAUGAACAUUCCGCUUCAAGAACAAGUAACUCCCCCUAUAACAGUUUCGAAUCAGAAAAUCGCCACCCCAUCGACUCAGGAGACAACGAACAGUGCAACCAAAACGAGUGAGGCUGAAGUAGCUGAAAGUAAUAAAGAAAAUUUAGAUUCAAAUAUUCCUACUGUUAAAAUUGAUGUGGACGUUGAAAAAAGCACGGAAUCAGGUGUUGAUGAAAGUGCUAAUGUGGACACGGAAUCACGUGUCAAUGAAAGUUCUAUAAACACAGGGUCACGUGUGAAUGAAAGUCUUAAUAUAGAUUUGGAUAAAAAUAGUCAAGUAGUUAGCAACGUUGAAAGUGAUAUUAAAGAUGACCAAACUGUAAGAACAGACGAAGAUGUUACGAUUACGACAGAAGAUGUAGCUUCUGAGAGUUCCACCGUUAAUUCGGAGGAUGAAUCUGUGGAGAUUAAGGAAGAGGAGGUCGUGGGUAGUACGUCGUCAAAUCUCGAAGCAAAGAUAAAAGAAGUAGAAGUUAAUGAUACACCAGCUGCAGUUGCUUCCGAGGAAGCCAAGAAAGCUGAUGAAGUUAUUGUAAACGAGGCUGCAUCGGCUGGUCAAGAUCCAGAGGUUUCUAAAAAUCAAGGCUGUGAAGUGGAGAAAACUACUGAUAGAAGAACGAGCACAACUAAUACGAACACCGAUUUGUGUGAUGGCGACAACACUAAUAAUGAAGACGUUUCCGAAGUAGGUGGUAUUAUGGCAGCUACUGAAGACAUGCCAUCAAAUAUUAAAACUGAAAACUAUCCGAAUAACGAAGUUUGUCAGGAUACUGUCGGGGCAUCUGUCGUAACUGAUGAAACUGGUACGGCUGUUGAAACAUGUGAUCCUUUGACCAUAUCAGUAGAAUCUACGAACGUUGAGGAACACAGUAAUUCGGACGAAAAUCUGGUUAAUACGGAUACUUCAGUCAAUGCUGCAACCUUGGAUAAAGAUAAAGACUUUGCCGAUCAUAAUGGUGAUUUGGACCACGCUGUUGAAAAUAGCGUCAGUCAACCGACGAUGGAGUUGGAUGCACCAGAUCCUCAAAAAAGUCUUUUAGUCGCCACACCUGUUGAUAAAGACGGCACAGAUACAUCUUCAUCGUCAUCUGACGUUGACAAACGAAAAAUAGCAAGCGAAGCCAAACCUGUGAAUAAGGAACCUUCUAUGGAAAGGAAGGAAGAGGAAGCAGGGAGAGGAUCUUUGAUGAACGUCGAAGGAGCCUCAGACGAAAAGUUGUCGGCAGUUUCAAAUGACAUGGUUAUAUAUACUGAAUCUUGCGAAGUCAAGGUACAGUGGGAUGAGAAACCACCCGAAAUUCCCGGUUGUGAUGCUGAGUCGGAUACACAUUGGAAUAAUGAGACGUUUGAUAAGUCUGCUACCGAUGAGUUUGACAAUGAGUCACAAAGUAACCAUAACGCUAACUAUUCGUUAAAGAAUCUUCAAGGUACAAACCAUGUAGGCAAUAAAUCUGAUAGCGUUGAAUUUGAAAAGGAGAAUCCAGAAAGCAAACAUCUAUGCGGAAGAGAUAGAACCGACAGUCAAACCUCUGAAGCAAGCAACAACACAGAACUUAGCACAAUGGAGUCAGUGGAUAGUUCCGAUCAAAGUAAAACUGACACUAACCAGACGAACAAAAAAGCGAAAGUGCAAAAACAAGCUUCACUUUCGAAAGUUCAGACAACAGUUUGAUUGAUUUUAUUUGUGAUCACGGUUGUUUUUUAAGCAUCUUUUUUAUAAUAAGUACCGCGAAAAAGGAAGAGGUCAGCCUAAAAGUUUUGACUGUGUAAAUACGUCAAACCGGGCUAUUAUUUAUCAAAUAGAACUAGGUGCUAAAUUAUUUAAUAUCUAUUAUUCAUUUGAAACUUUCGAAGAUUUUUUUAGUGUUCCACGCCGUUGUACUUAUUGUAAUUUAGCGAUAAAUUUAAGACAGAAACUGUUUUAGUGGAACAGGAGAAGGGAAAAAAAUGUCUCACUUGACUGGAACAAGGAUAAGUGCCGUUUUAGUUAAAACUCUUAAAUUGGUUUUUAGAUAAAAAAAAAAUGAUGGUAACAGGUUCCUUCAUUUCGCAAAAGAAUGUGUUGUUUUAUCAACUUAUGACAACGAAGCAAAUAUUAAAAAGAUGUAACAAUUACCCACCCCUUAAAUAGGUGUUUUAUGCAAAUAUAAAUAGUCCCAUCUAGGGCGUGCUAUAUUUAAGCUUUUUUUGUUACAUAAUUGUUCCACUUAUCCUAGGUAGCACGAUGGUGUUGAUCAUGUUCAUUGUAAAAAAAACUUUCAGUAAAAUAUUUUUUAACUCGUUUU